GCCGGUCGUGCUGUGGCUGUGGCGGCGGCGGCAGUGGUGGCGGCUGUGGUAGUGUCGGCAGCAGGCUGUCCGGGAAGCAGAAGCAGCAACGGCAGCGGCAGCGGCGGCCCUGAGGAGAGUAAGGCGGCCGAGUCGGCAGCCGCUCUCGCGUCAGGCGGAACCUCGAACUGCCCGGCGGUCGCAGGCGCCGAGGCAUUUGUCGUUUCCGACCGGGCUCUGCGCUCCCGGCCCUGGCUGGGCAGGGCAGAGUGCCCCUGGGGAGGGGCGGAGCCGUAGAUAUGGCAUAAGAUAUUUCUUCAAGAUUGGACAGCUGGUGACCUGCUAUUUCUGACAGCCUUAAGCUGACUUUAUAGCCAUAGAGAAACCUCACGGACUUGUAUUGUUGUUUUCUACUCAUACCAUUUCUGGCACCUAAGUUCACCCUGCAACCAUGUAUGGAAGUGCUCGGUCAGUGGGGAAAGUGGAACCAAGCAGCCAGAGUCCUGGGCGAUCACCUCGGCUUCCUCGGUCCCCUCGCUUAGGUCAUCGGCGAACAAAUAGCACAGGAGGGAGUUCUGGAAACAGUGUUGGAGGUGGCAGUGGGAAAACCCUUUCAAUGGAGAAUAUACAGUCCUUAAAUGCUGCCUAUGCUACAUCUGGCCCUAUGUACCUAAGUGACCAUGAAAACGUGGGUGCAGAAACACCUAAAAGCACCAUGACACUUGGCCGUUCUGGAGGACGCCUGCCUUACGGGGUUAGGAUGACUGCUAUGGGCAGCAGCCCCAACAUAGCAAGCAGUGGGGUUGCUAGUGAUACCAUAGCGUUUGGAGAGCAUCACCUCCCUCCUGUUAGUAUGGCGUCCACGGUACCUCACUCUCUUCGUCAAGCAAGAGAUAACACCAUCAUGGAUCUGCAGACGCAGCUGAAGGAAGUAUUAAGAGAAAACGAUCUUUUGAGGAAAGAUGUGGAAGUAAAGGAGAGCAAAUUAAGUUCUUCGAUGAAUAGCAUCAAGACCUUCUGGAGUCCAGAGCUGAAGAAAGAGCGGGCCUUGAGAAAAGACGAAGCUUCCAAAAUCACCAUUUGGAAGGAGCAGUACCGAGUUGUGCAGGAGGAAAACCAGCACAUGCAGAUGACAAUCCAGGCUCUCCAGGAUGAGCUGCGCAUUCAGAGGGACUUGAAUCAGCUGUUUCAGCAAGAUAGCAGCAGUCGGACUGGGGAGCCUUGUGUGGCAGAGCUCACGGAGGAGAACUUCCAGAGGCUGCAUGCUGAGCACGAGAGGCAAGCCAAGGAGCUGUUUCUCCUGCGGAAGACCCUGGAGGAAAUGGAGCUGAGGAUUGAGACUCAGAAGCAAACCCUCAAUGCUCGGGAUGAGUCCAUUAAGAAGCUUCUGGAGAUGCUACAGAGCAAAGGACUUUCUGCCAAAGCCACAGAGGAAGACCAUGAGAGAACGAGACGGCUGGCGGAGGCAGAGAUGCACGUCCACCACCUAGAGAGUCUUUUGGAGCAGAAGGAGAAGGAGAAUAAUAUGUUGAGAGAGGAGAUGCACCGGAGAUUUGAGAAUGCCCCUGACUCUGCCAAGACAAAAGCCCUGCAAACCGUUAUUGAAAUGAAGGAUUCAAAAAUUUCUUCCAUGGAGCGUGGGCUCCGAGACCUGGAAGAGGAAAUUCAGAUGCUGAAAUCAAACGGGGCUUUGAGCACAGAAGAGCGGGAGGAGGAGAUGAAGCAAAUGGAGGUGUACAGGAGCCACUCUAAGUUCAUGAAAAAUAAGGUAGAGCAACUGAAGGAGGAGCUAAGUUCCAAAGAUGCUCAAGGGGAGGAGCUGAAAAAGAGAGCGGCUGGUCUUCAGUCUGAGAUUGGCCAGGUGAAACAGGAAUUGUCCAGAAAGGACACAGAAUUACUAGCCUUACAGACAAAGCUAGAAACUCUGACGAACCAAUUCUCAGACAGCAAGCAGCAUAUUGAGGUGCUGAAAGAGUCCCUCACUGCUAAGGAACAAAGGGCCGCCAUCCUGCAGACUGAGGUGGAUGCUCUUCGAUUGCGUUUGGAAGAAAAGGAGACGAUGCUGAAUAAAAAAACCAAACAAAUCCAAGAUAUGGCUGAGGAGAAGGGCACACAAGCUGGAGAGAUACACGACCUCAAGGACAUGCUGGACGUGAAGGAGCGGAAGGUCAAUGUUCUGCAGAAGAAGAUAGAAAAUCUUCAGGAGCAGCUAAGAGAUAAGGAGAAGCAGAUGAGCAGCCUGAAAGAGCGAGUCAAGUCUCUGCAGGCAGACACCACCAACACCGACACAGCUCUGACGACGCUGGAGGAGGCCCUUGCAGAUAAAGAACGAACAAUUGAACGCUUAAAGGAACAACGGGACAGAGAUGAGCGAGAGAAGCAAGAGGAGAUUGAUACCUACAAAAAAGAUCUUAAAGACUUGAAAGAAAAAGUCAGCCUAUUGCAAGGAGACCUCUCAGAGAAGGAGGCUUCUCUUUUGGAUCUCAAAGAGCAUGCUUCUUCCCUGGCUUCCUCAGGACUGAAAAAGGACUCACGGCUCAAGACCCUAGAGAUCGCUCUUGAGCAGAAGAAGGAAGAGUGCCUAAAAAUGGAAUCACAGUUGAAAAAGGCACAUGAAGCAACACUGGAAGCCAGAGCCAGCCCAGAGAUGAGUGACCGAAUACAGCAAUUGGAGAGAGAGAUGGCCAGGUACAAAGAUGAAUCCAGCAAGGCCCAAACAGAAGUUGACCGUCUCUUGGAAAUCUUGAAAGAGGUGGAAAAUGAGAAGAAUGACAAAGAUAAGAAGAUAGCUGAGUUGGAAAGUCUCACCUCAAGGCAGGUGAAAGACCAGAAUAAGAAGGUAGCGAAUCUGAAGCACAAGGAGCAGGUGGAGAAGAAGAAAAGUGCGCAGAUGCUGGAGGAGGCCCGGAGGAGGGAGGACAGUCUCAGCGACAGCUCUCAGCAGCUGCAGGACAGUCUCCGUAAGAAGGAUGACAGGAUUGAAGAGCUGGAAGAAGCACUGAGAGAAAGUGUACAGAUAACUGCAGAGCGGGAAAUGGUGCUGGCACAAGAGGAAUCAGCCAGGACCAAUGCUGAGAAACAGGUGGAAGAGCUGUUGAUGGCUAUGGAGAAGGUGAAGCAAGAGCUGGAGUCCAUGAAAGCUAAGCUGUCCUCCACCCAGCAGUCUCUGGCAGAGAAGGAGACACAUCUAACCAACCUCCGGGCAGAGAGAAGGAAACACUUAGAGGAGGUUCUGGAGAUGAAACAAGAAGCUCUUCUGGCUGCCAUUAGCGAAAAGGACGCUAACAUAGCCCUCCUGGAGCUCUCCUCCUCGAAGAAAAAGACCCAAGAAGAAGUGGCCGCACUGAAACGGGAAAAGGACCGCCUGGUGCAGCAGCUCAAACAGCAGACACAAAAUCGAAUGAAACUAAUGGCUGACAACUAUGAAGAUGACCACUUCAGAUCCUCCCGUUCCAAUCAGACGAACCAUAAACCCUCCCCAGACCAGAUCAUCCAGCCCCUUUUAGAACUUGACCAAAAUAGAAGCAAGUUAAAGUUGUAUAUUGGACACCUGACAGCCCUCUGCCAUGACCGAGACCCCUUAAUCCUCCGUGGACUCACUCCACCAGCUUCCUAUAAUGCAGAUGGUGAACAGGCAGCUUGGGAGAAUGAGCUGCAGAAGAUGACUCAGGAGCAGCUUCAGAACGAGUUAGAGAAAGUUGAAGGGGACAAUGCAGAGCUGCAGGAGUUCGCCAACACCAUUCUCCAGCAGAUAGCUGAUCACUGCCCUGACAUCCUCGAACAAGUUGUCAAUGCCCUGGAAGAGUCCUCCUGACAUGCUCCAAGAAAGGUGACCAAGGAGCCAGAGAGGAGAACCUGAGGAACGGGUGUCUGGGCCGCCCCAUCCUAGACCCUGCCAGCUGGGCGUGCCAGUCCAGCCAUCUGUGUCUGUCUCUGCCUUCCGCUUUGAAUGCUGCCUGCACACGUCUCCUGGUCUCCAUGAAAAACUGCCCUUGGCGUCAGCAGUGGAGGGCUGGGGGUGCACUCCGCCCUUCCAGAAACAGGAAGCAGAAGCCCACUCAGGUUCUGUGCUUUGAAAGCUUGGAGCUGAAGCAUUAGCAUGAGUGCUUUCUCCUCGGAGGGUAGAGAAGGAGGAAGGGUGACCAGGGACGAGAAGAGCGAGUGCUCCUCUCUGUGUCAAGCUGCCUCGUGUUUACCAUGUUUACCGUCAUGAACCCCAGGUACAGGCUGGCUUCAUGCAGCUUAGCUCUUGGCCUGUUGCCUCUCUCACCUGCACUGCUUUUAGCUGACAGGAGGAAGAUGUUCACAGUGGUCACCCAUCUCACGCUUCUUUAAGGCCUUUGACCUUCCCAUGCUGCACGGUUAGGUUAAUGUCUGACUGAAGAGAAGAGGACUUAAUGUACAGGGCCUGUUGUCACUGCUUGCAGUUUUGCUCCUCAGAAGAUGUCCCGGAGGGCCAGUCUGAUUCCUCCUGAACAUUAUCCACAAUGCUCUCUGCUCCCCAAGCUGCUGUAGAACAGGGGUUGCUGGUGUCUGUGACCCAUCCUGCCUUCUCAGCUUUACUCUUAAGGAACAUUCUCAGAGCCACAGCCUCAUAGCCUGCCUAGCAACUGAGUUUGUCUUAAUUCACACCCAUUCCCUCCUCCAUUCAUUCAUUCAAAAAUGUUAUGAAAUGCCCACUGUAUACACAUCAGUGUGCACGGUGCCCAUCCUUGGAAAAGGCUCAAAUAGGGAUGGUGUGGAAGUCCGUGAGACAUGCUCAGUUGAAUCAUGGCAGUGAACUCAUACCUUCUCCCCUCUUCCCAGAAACAUCUUCAGACCAGCAUUCUUUGUUCUCCACUCUCAUGGCAUCUGUGGGCUUGGGUGAGCCACGUCUUUGCUGGGAAGAUCCCAUUUGGCAGGUCAGGAUUUUUGCUGUCAGUGUUAUUGCCCUGAAACAUGUUCUGUUUAAGGAACUGUACAUGCUCAUUUGCGUCAGCUGACUGCUUAACACACCCAUGCGCGCUUCGUGGACAUAGCCAGCACUGUGCUGAGCUCAGGCAGAGCCAGUUGAAUGUCUCGGCAUUUUGCAGACUUUCCCCCAGGUGUAGAGGACAGCUACCAGACAUAGUCAAGCUCUACAAGAGUGCAGCUCAUGUCCAGUUCUUCAUCCCUGAAGCAGACGCCUGACGCUGCUGCCUUCUGAGGAGGCUGCUAAGGCCUGCUUUCUCCCUCUGCCCAGUUACACUCAAAGGAAUUUAACACUGCCCACAAAUCUCUCACCGCCUUCAACCCAGGACAUCAUGCAGCCACUAUUGUCACAGUCACAGCGCUGGCUCCCCUUCUCUGCCACACAGUGUUCCUUUGUGGGUGCUGAGAGAGUUCCCGUGAGGGUUCGGUGGACUCUGCCAUGGACCUCUCACAGAGGUGCUUUUGGAGGUCCCAGCCUGGCCACCGGGAAUAUGGAAAUUAGGCCAAAAUAUGAUAGUCCUUGCUGCUCAUUUCUCAAUGUUUUUAUUGUCCCGUCCGUAAAUCCUGUAGAAGACCCCCCUGUAUUGUAGGAUAGGAAGGUUAGAAUCUUAUUUAAUUCUCAUAACAUAAGGAACCAUUACCUAGUAACUGCUUCACAGGCUACAGUGGAAUCCAGAAAGCUUAGAAGAGUCCAGGCCCACAGAAGUAGCCUAGCCCACCCCCGCCAGCUGCUGCUCCAGCUGUUCUCUGAGGGACACCAUAGGCACGACUCCUUAUACGUACCUAUCUGGUACUUAGUAGAAGUACCACUUGCCACCCUUCCUAACUGGACACAUGACCCAGUCCACCACAUCCUGCUCCAUCGUCCCUCCAGAGAGGCUGCAGGAACCCUGCAGGACACGCUUGUUGAGAAGGCAAGUUUCUAAGGCAAACCUUGUCUGAUUGCUGCACCACAGCAAAGGAUUCUCCUCCUCAGGUGGUGAUCCAGCAACUCAAAUGGCUCUGGAGACUGUGGAGCUAAAGUUGAACGUAAAUGUAGUCUUCGUGUUGGGCAAAGUCCUAGGGUAUCUGGCAUUCAGAUCCUACUGACUACAUUCAUGAAGCCAAUGUUUCCUAAAUGCUUAACUGCCACUGCACUGGGACACGCCAUUCCAUGACUGUCUUCACGCACGCAUGUUCCUUCCAGUAGCUGCCCUCAAGAGCUCACUGCAUGUUGGCUAGGAUCAUCCCUCACUUCAUUCCAUCGUCAAGCCUCAUAGCUUUUGCACCUAGAGUGAAGGUGGCCUCCCUCCAGGCCUUUGGAGAAGGGUUAAAGCAAGCAUGUGUCACUAUAUAGGAUGUGAUACCCACAGACCCAAGUACCAGCAGACCCUGUGUCAGCAGUGUCUACCCCAAGUGACAUCAUCAAGAUGACAGUAGGAAACGAGGCUGGAAGCCAACCUUGGGCUGCUGGCUCUGCAUACCUUAGUAGACUCUGUCCCUGGCCCUUGAUGAGUGACUGAUGGCACAUCUGAUUGGGAUUAGCAAGUAUUAAAGACAUUUAAGAUGAGAAGUCAGAGUGGGCUUUAGCAACUCGGAAAUGUGAAGGGGUCCGUGGUCCCUGCCGGCCUUUAUGCUCACGCUUGAGAAGGCCCGAGUGUACCUCCUCACCAGCGGGCUUUAGAAGCCCUGGGAGAGCAGACUGGAAUGAGACCACCAGCGGUGUAGCAGGUCGAGAUGUGGCUGGCUGUGUCCUGUCCAUCUGUUUGGCCUCCUGGGAAGAAAGCGUUGGCUCAAUUUCUUUCUCAGGAGAGAUGAAGUCAGCACAGAUGGUUCUCACGUGCUACUGUCCUGCCCUCCACUGUUGACACUGGGACUGGCUUGGCAUCACACCCUCCUGUUUGUGAAGCACAGACUCACUGGCCUCCCUCCAGGUCCUUGAAGAAGGGUCAGAGCAAGGAUAUGUUGCUCCACAGGAUGUGACACCCACAGGCCUAAGUCCCAGCAGACCCUGUGUCAGCAGUCGGUCACUCAAGUCUGCCUCACCUCCUGCCUGAAGAGGCCAGAGCCAUGGAAAAGGAGAAAGAAGGAUAAGGCUGUACCACAGGCCUGUCGGGCACCCACUGUCACUGCCAGUCUCAGAGAUUUUGUUUAAAGAUUUGUUCUUUCCUGUGAACCAAGAGAACGUUCAGGGAAAAAGAAUAUAUGCUUCACCUGGGGAUCCUUCCGAACAAAAUGGCUGUCUGAACUCUUUUUAAACAGAAACUUUCCAAACUUUUUAGUGUCAAAAUUGUAACCAAGUGUCUCCUGAUUCUUCCCAAUGUGUUUGGCAAGUGCUGUGACCCUGUUGUAGGUAUUUCUCCUCCUGCCUCUUCUGAGGGAGAAGUGACUUUAGGGGUUGACUUGAGGGAGCAGGUAUCUGUCCCGUCCUGCCACCUCUCUUGUAUCUCUGCUUGUUGAUAUUGUCUGUGUGAUUCAGAGAACGGGGCAGUUACAUUGUGUCCAUUGUUGAGAAUAUUAAAAUAUUAAAAAAGUAGUUAUAGAACUAAAAAAUUAAAGAGCUGUGUUUUAAAAGAUGCAAACCCAUAAAUAUGUUAACAAAGGGAUUCAAGCUAUGGGCAGCCUAGCUCCUCCCCCUCCAGGUUGGUGCGGUGGUAGCCAGGCCAGCCCUUGGGAGACACACUGACCACACCUGAGUUAGGUGACUGCCUGGGAACAGGACACCUGCCCAGUGGUGCAGUGAGAAUCUGGGGCUCGCUCAGAGACUCUCCGUUGUGUCAGGGUUUUCUCUACAUCCUCAGGACCUCUGGGUAGAGGCGUUAAAGUUGGUGACCCCAGAACCACCCUCACCCUCACAUUGGAUCAAGCCUCGUGUGCCUAGUGCUAUGUUGUAACCUGGGCUUGAGCCUGGAGCUCCUGCUUGCAAGGCCACAGGACCUCUUCCUGCCCACUUGGUGCUAUCUCAUCAUAACCAUCUAACAGGGCAGCCUGGUCUCCUGGAGCCUGGGGGCCAGGGGCCGUGGGUGGCCCUCGGAGCUCAGCUCUCUCUGGCUCCUGAUCUUAGAUUUUUCCUUUUGAAGCUUUUUAGACCCAAACUCCCUUGGCUUCAGAGAUGUCCGAGUCAGGGAGGGAAGUGAGCCAGGCUGAGGUGAGGAGAUCCACCACUCUGCCACAGUAAGCACACUAGUCCAGCCCCUCUUCCCUGCCACACCAGUAUUACAUCCAUCCUUUAAAGAUCUAGUCCCACCUGAGGCACACGUCAUCCCUCGGCCCAGCUGCCCCCAGUGCAGACUAGAAACCCGGGAUGGACACACUGACGUUUCUUUGCACCCCUACUUUAGAAGAGGCAUGUUGCACUUUAGUGGGGAGCCCAGAACACUGGGCACUGGCUUCCUAUAGCUUGAGUCCCUGUAGAUAGCAGUGAUGGCAGCCUGGUGGUUUGUGUGAAGCAGCUGCAACUGCUGUCUUCAACUGCACACAUGUGCAGUUCUAGAGUCAAAUUCUGGCCUGGUGAUGACAUUACAAAGACGCGAUCGGUUCAACUUUGCCUUGGUAAUUAUUGUAAACACUUUGUUCAACUUUUUUCUUUUUUAUUCACAAACUAAAUCCAUCAGGAAAUUAUAAACUUAUUUAAAAACUG